CACAAACAAUCCUUCAAUAAAUAAAAUAGAGUGUUUUUCGCGGAAAACAUGUUUCACGUCAAUUUUAAAAUAAUUCAUUGGCUUGUGCUUUCGAUUUUUAUUUCUUUGGUGCUUGCAGACCUUAAUCGUCGUCUAUUUUUCGACUUUGCUUAUGAUGACGAUCGAAAAGCUUGUAUGGAGACGUAUAACAUCACUGAAGAAAUUUACAACGAAAUGAAAGAGGCCACUAAACAUAAAGAUGAAUAUUCGUGUCUCAUCGGAUGCAUAAUGAUGCAAAAGCAUUUUAUUCAAGAAAAUGGUAUCUUGAACGAUGCUCUUGUAGAAAUAGCAUGGAAAAAUUCAUUGAAUCUGGAAACAAAGCCAAAACAUCGAGCCGUGAUCAAUAAGCUCAAAGUAGAUUUUGGAAAACCCGCUGAUGUUUGUAAAGCAGGCAAAAUUGGAUCCACCUUUCUUUAUUCGGUUGAAGAAUUUGCCGAAAUAUUCAAGAAUGUUGACGAUUAUGAAACUUUUCAAGGCUAAUAUCCAUUAUCCAAGUGCAAUUUUUAAAAUUCUUCCAAUAAAAUGUUACUUCAAAUGACAUUUUCAUUUUCGAAUUGUAAUUUAGUUCAAGGAAUUUGGUUACAGUAAAUGAUUGAAGAAAACAUUCAA